GUAGCAGAUUUGCACGUUUCCUUCCCUUUCUCGCUCCUUCCGUGACAUUUUUGCGAAACGUCGAUCUCGUUUCUUAUGAAAAUUAAUCAAAAAAAUCACAUUAGGGCAUGCUCGGUAAAGUUUUUCACACGAAAUACCGUGAUAUAAAAUCUAUAACCGUGGUUAAGUUUUUUUGUGCCAAGUGCAAUUAAACAAUCAAGAUUCCGCCGAUAAUUCAAAGCCUACCCAGUGGGUGGCUUAUUUUGGGAGCACCGGGCGAGUCCGGCGCGUCUACCUGUGCCGGGCGUAAGCGGCUAAGCAGGCCGCAUCAGGCCGCGCGCCCGCGCCCCGCGCCGCGCUGCUGGCGCCGUGCCCUCAACGUCGACCCGCCCUGGCUGCGAGCCCGGGCCCGCUGACGCCACCUAGACAUUACCUGACACUUGUGGACUAGCGCUAGUGGGCCACCACAACCCGGCUCGAACACCUGACACCGACCCCUCCGGCCCGGAACGGCAAGCAAAGCAUAGCCGACCCCACGCUCCGGCACUGCCGGGGCUAAGUCGGCUCCAAAGUCAACCUUAAAGUAAACCGCAUACGGAUCAAAAUCCCAGCCAAAAUGAAGGUCGUGGAAGAAGAACAGCUUAUUACUGUGAUGGACGGGCCUUGGUCUACGACCGACCUGAUCCGUGAGAUCGUGGAGUCUGGCACCCAGGAGGAUCCCUUCUACGUGAUGGACCUCGGCGAGGUGGUGGCCAGGUACCACCGCUGGAAGGAACUCAUGCCGCGCGUCGAGCCUUUCUAUGCGGUGAAAUGCAACGACGACAAGCUCCUAGUGAGCACGCUGGCUGCUCUCGGUACUGGAUUCGACUGCGCGUCCAAAGCCGAGAUUGAACUCGUCACCUCCAUUGGAGUAGCGCCUGACCGCAUUAUAUUCGCGAACCCGGCUAAGAUGGCGUCUCACAUCCGUUUCGCGUCCGCCGUCGGCGUCGACGUGAUGACUUUCGACUCGGAGACCGAGCUCAUGAAGAUCAAACAAUAUAUGCCUCACGCACAGCUCGUGAUCCGCAUCCGCUGCGACGCUGCAUCAGCUCAAUGUCCGUUGGGCAUCAAGUUCGGUUGCGACCCCGUCACUGAGGCUCCUCGACUCCUCAAACUGGCCGCUGUCUUCGGUCUUGACGUGAUCGGCGUGUCAUUCCACGUGGGUAGCGGCGCUUCCGAGACAGAUGUGUACGCGCGAGCCAUCGCACUGUCGCGGGCUCUGUUCCUGGUCGGGCACAACGUCGGACACAAGGCCAUGCGCAUACUGGACAUCGGAGGAGGAUUCCCUGGAGGGACCCACACCUCUAUCCAGGAGGUGUCUGCAGUGAUAAACAGUGCUCUGGAGGAGCACUUCCCCGACCGGUCGGUGCGAGUGAUCGCGGAGCCGGGCCGGUACUUCGCCGCCGCCGCCUACACCCUCGCCGCCAUGGUGCACGCUAAACGAGAGGUGACGUCGAAGGAGUGCGCGGAUGAGACCCACACGAUGUACUUCAUCAACGACGGCGUGUACGGCUCCUUCAACUGCGUGCUCUACGACCACCAACACGUAGUGGCCGAACCACUCAAUGACAACGGCUCGGUGCCGGCUCCGUGUUCAGUUUGGGGCCCGACGUGUGACGGACUGGACUGCGUGCUGCCCGCGACUCGCCUGCCCAGCCUGGCCAUCGGCGACUGGCUCAUAUUCCGCGACAUGGGCGCCUACACUCUGCCCGUCGCCUCUCCUUUCAACGGGUUCCCCGUACCCACCGUGCGGCCUGUCGUCGAUGCUAGACUUGCGUGCAUUCUGAAGGAGUUGCGGCCGCUGAGCGCGUCUCAGUUCGCGGCGGGUCGUGUUGUGGAGUCCCCGGCCCUGGGUACCAGUCGCCCGGCCAGCCGAGCCGCGUCACCGUGCCGCGCAGUGUUCGUGGAGUGCGCGCUCAAGUGACGGUCGGACACUCUCACGGACCUCCCACACACACACGCACUCCACACUCUAUCCCGAGACAGAUAGCAAAUAUUACAUCCAUUCUUUAUUUUUUUUAUUCAUAGACAAUUAUGUGACUACAUAAGCUCGACCACGGCCUCAUUACAAUAGCGUAGAUGACUAAUUUUUAUUUUUAUGUCCGCCUGGUAGACUGUUUUAAAACAUUAGACACGUAUUUUUUAUUUUCUUA